AUGGAGCCUUCCCGACCUACUCCUAUUGUGCCCCGCACUCGCCGGCCUAGGACCCUGCUAGAUGAAACAGACUCUGAUGACCAGACACUCUCGCGCCGUCCCAGAUAUCGACCUGGGAGACCCGGCCUGGUUUCUAGACCUCCUAUUGCUAAAUCAGCAUCCCGACUGAUCCCUAAGCCUACCCCAGAACAACCUUCUCCAAGAAAUUCCCUAAUGGCUUCUACGGCCCGAGCUGGACCUAGGCGAGGAAAGACUCCGAUCAUUAAAGAAGAAGUUGUUGCAGAGCCUUCUCCUGUUCCAGCAGCUCUUGCCUCAAAUGUCCCUUUUCAACCUCCCUCUUCGAGGAUGCCUCUUAGGAUAGAACCAGAUAAAACCACUGCGACUCAAACUAACCCUCCUACAUCCCAACCUUCCACCUCUGCACAUCCGCCUGUCUGUGAGACUGAUGCUGGUCCAUCAACCUGCCCUCCUUCUGGUGAGACUGGGGCUGCACCAUCUCAUUCGAAGUCAUCCCAGUAG